CCGCCGACAGAAGAUCAUUACGGGCCACUUCUGCCCUCUGUCCUGGCACGGUGCUCCUCCCCCCCAGCCCUCGGCUCCGCUCGCCCCUUGAGCGGCGCCAGCCUGGCCAUCCUGCGAUCAACUGCCUCUCUUGCACGCCCGCUAUGUCUUUUGCGCCUGUCCCCUCGGUCCCCCGACGCUCCCUACUCGUAGUCCCUUUCCCUCGACAUGGCCGACCCGACCGUACGCGACUUUGCUGGCGCCCCAGAGCCUGCCGCCAGCCCCAUUGAUCUCGAAGACGCACGAUACUCGCUCGACAGCCUCCACCGCCGUCCGACCCGCACCAACACCAUCACUCACUACCAUUCGCCCACGCGCGAGACGUGGGAGGAAGAGCCCGGCGCAGAACCAGGCGUUGACACCACCGCCGAUGGCGACGAAAAGCACGCCCAUCUGCGGGCUCCAUGUAGCAUUACCGUCGUCGACUUCUCAGACGAGAACAUGAUGCAAUACGAGCUGGACAAUAACACCCUGCCGGCUUUCCUUGAACGCCCUAAAGAAGACUGGGUCGCUUGCAGGUGGAUCAGCGUCAAUGGUUUGUCCUGGGAUGUUAUCAAGACCAUAGGCAACCAGAAGGGCCUGCACCGACUUGCUGUGGAGGAUCUUAUGCAAACUCGCGGCAGGGCCAAAGCUGAUUGGUUUGCUGAUCACGCAUUCUUUCUUUUGACCCUCCAGAAACUCGUGCAGCUUGACAGCGACGAUAGCGACUCCGACAGCAGCGACUCUGACGUGGAAGAUUCGCAGCAUUCCGGCCGCUCCUUGUGGAGGCGAUCCAGGAAAAAGGGAGAGCAGCUUCCGCGCAACAGUUUCAAGAAAGACCGUCAGAAUGAUCUGGGCCUUCAACGUACGGGGUCCUACGUCUCCCCUAGCUUCCUGGCAAAGGCGCGGCCAAAGACGAAGUUUCGCACACUUCAAAAGUACAGAGGAGGCCCGAACGUUGAAAGGACUGAGUUCAUGGAACGUCAUUCGGCCCUUGCCAAGAAAGGUCUUGCUGUCAGCGUUGAGCAAGUCUCCAUGUUUUUGACAAACGACAACGUUUGCAUAUGUUUCUUCGAACACAGCGCUGAGGAUGUGGAGAAACCCAUCCUAACACGGCUGGUGUCUCCCGAUACUAUUCUAAGGCAAAGCUGCGACGCUAGCAUGCUAAUUCAGGCAGUCAUUGAUGCUAUUAUCGAUUUAGCCAUUCCUGUCGGUGCCGCUUAUGAGGAUGCGAUUAGUGACCUUGAACUGGAUGUUCUUACUGAGCCGAACAUAGCUCAUUCGAAGGCGUUAUACAUCUUGACUACAGAGCUUUCCGUCUUGAAGAAUCGGAUUCAUCCAAUCAUGGGUCUGAUCAACGCUCUACGCGACCACAAAACCGAAACCAUCACUGCACCCGCGCCUGGCAUUGCUGAGCGCCCAUCAAAGCUCAACUCUUCCAGUGUCACCAUCAGCCCCCUCGCCGUAGUAUAUCUAGGCGACGCCGCAGAUCACCUUUACCAAAUUUCGCAAGCCAUGGAUAUGAUGCUCAAGUCGGCCGACGACAUGAUCAACCUCAUUUUCAACAUCAUGAGCACAUACCAAAAUGAGAGCAUGAGGCAGCUUACUAUCGUAACUAUCUUCUUCUUGCCUCUGACUUUCCUGACUGGAUACUUUGGUCAAAAUUUUGGUACAUUCCCUGGUGUGCAAAACCAUAGCGACAAGUUUUUCUGGUAUAUCGCAGUCCCUGUGAUGGUGGUUACGGUCAUUGGAUUAAUGUGGGACGUUAUUGUCCGCUGGUUUCAACGAAAGUCUCAGAAGUUUACGAUUUCGCGCUCAAGGAAGAAGCGCGGCGCUUCAAGGUCUCGGGAGCGCGGACGUGGGAGACGAGCAAGGAGAGAGCCUACUUGGAAAUGAUCAUGGUCCUAUUAUUGAUAGACUGUGGGGCGUUGGUACUUCAUACAUUCAGACAGCACUUAGUUUGUUAGCGUUCAAGCAUGCUCUUAAACUCAGCACACGAUCCGUCGUUGCGCGCAUCCUCGUGCCAACACGCUUUGCUGAAACGAGAUACUGCAAAACCUCCACCAG